AUGGCAACAGGACCGCAAGCAUUCUAUUGCCUGUGGCAGAAGGAGGCUAUCCGUGAGAAGCUCUUCCAAUUAUUAUCAAAAGAAGAUAUCUGCAAUGUUCGACUCUCAUCGUCAGCAUGCUGCAACCUCGUUACCAAACGACUAUUUCUACGAACCCACUUGACCUUCACCUCUAGUACCUUCACUCGACAGAGCAGAAUCGAAGCACUGUCGAGGGUAGGCCAGCAUAUAGAACAUCUUACCUUUUACUUCCCACACUCAGAGGCUACUUUCUUGCCUCCACUGGUUCACCCUGAUACUGGUCGUGAGAUCAGCUUCCUCUAUAAGCCCCAUACCUCGAUGGCGUCUGUUCUGGAAAGACCCAAGUUCGCCAACUCUGGACUUGGUGAGAUUCUUACACAACAGUAUCCACCACUGUUCCACGCCGCAUCUAAUGUCCCGUCUUUCAUCAAUGCGAUGAAGCACUUGCCGAAUAUGAGGCACCUUACCAUCAAGACGCCUGGCCAGGAUCCCAAGGAGAGAUACCGGAGGGAUAUUGUGGACUACGCGCUUAUUAGCCUCCGUAUAUCAUUGGAGCGGGCGCCGAUGAGAAAGCUUACAAAACUUUCGCUAUCCUCCGUCCAUCCCUCUGCCUUUAUCUACUUGCGACACGUUAUAGGGUUUGGUUGUCUACCGUCAGCUGCUCGGCGGUGGAAGCAGAUUCAGAAGUUAAAUAUCUCUGUAGAGGCAUGGGAUUUCUAUGGACCGUCACCCGGACUCGAUCAUCUAAAGAUGAUUGACGAUUAUAUACGCGACUUUUCAACGAGUCUAGAAAAAUUGACAUUUAAUUGGCUGGGCCGAAAGGGUCCAUGCCCAUUGUCACUUGCGGCUGACCCCUUGUUUGCGCCGCCUCGGGGCUCACAGAAACUUUUCAAUGAAGUUACUUCGCCCAUGUCACCUUUACCCCCAGCGCCCUCUAGGAAGCCCAUUGUAUUCCGUAAAUUACGUUUUAUGGCUAUUCGGAAUGCCACUAUGAACUCGUCACAGGUAGCGGAAUUGAUUGCAGCGCAUCGACAUAGCGUACGCGAGUUCGACUUUGAAAACGUUGUUCUAAUUAAUGACGGCAGCUGGGAUGAUGCACUGGCACCUUUAUUGAACAAACCAUCCCGUAGUAGCCGUUGGACUCGACAGUCAAUGGCUACUAUUACUGAGAAUGCGGGCCCUCCCUCACCGGAGCUAUCAGACAAUUUUAUAGACGAUCUAUCCGGGGACUCGCCAGCUGUUUCGGCAGCGUCGCAAAAGCUUCUAGACGUUGAUCUGAAUGGCGGCGAGGACGAAGAGGAGGAUGAAUCAGCAGAGCAAAAUGAUGAAUUUGAUCUUCCUUCGGACCUAGAGGCUGCCAGGCAAGCUAGUCUUUCGUCUCCAAACAAGCUCAAGAAACGUAAAGUUACAAAGCGUCGUCGUAGAAGGAAGGAUAAGAACGAAUCUCGUGAUGACGAUAAACACGAGCUUCAUUCACGGCAUCAUCACCGACAACCUUCCAAAGAUUCCAUUGAUCAACCCAGUGAUGAACAUCGCCGUCAUCGCCGCCACCGACAUCAGAAACCCCAAGAAUCUUUUGAAAGGCAGCCAGAAAUUCUUGGUUUUGAUCAAAGUCGUCGGCCCUCGGAUGAGUUCCUUGACUAUCCUCACCAACCGCCACACUCAUCUAUCUCGCCACAAAGCUCUCAACAUCGCCUGUUUGGCGAGGUUGAGAGUAUAUACUCAACUUCAUCGCGCCGUCUCUUUGGUGAAGUAUCGCAGCUCACUAACUCGGGAUCCGAGCCGGAGCUCACGCACUCACCAAUUGAUGACUCGGACUCGGUCGUCGAUGAGUAUUUCCGCCCUAGUACACCUACUACUACGCCGAUGGACAUAUCGGCACCUAUUCUUAGCACGGCACCUAGCAUGCCUAUACUAUUAGAACCUCACGUUUACGACCCCACUGCGGAGCUAUGCUCCGAGAUCACGGCCGUGCAACGCGAUAUUGAAGCGGAAGAAGCGCAGAGGCGCGUAGCUGAGGAUGCCGAGCUCCAGACGAGCGCCUUGAAGAGGGCCAAGGAGCUUGUGCUUAGUCGGCUGGGUCGCGAGUUUUCUUCCGGCAAUAGCGGCUUCGGCAAGAGGGGUGUUGCCGGCCCUAAAAAGGAGAGUUUCGGCGCUGGAAGCUUCCUCAGCAGCUCGAGGUUUCGAGAGGGGUUGUUUGGGAAGAGCACCCCUAGUACCCUUGCCGUGAUCUGGCCGCGCGCGCGGCUCCAGAUAGCCAACGACGCGCCGCUGACGCGGUUCCUACACUCCGCGAGGGGGAAGCCAGCGUGGGCGUUCGUCGCGGGCGCCGGGCAGGAACCCCUCGCUCGGGAAAUGUGCUUCAGGCUGGCUGCGUGCGGGUUCAACAUUGUGCUGUACGGCACCGGGUCUGGGUACCCCGGCGGGAACGUCACGGCGCAGAAACUGCUGGCUUUGCGGGCGGGGCUUCUGCAGGCGUACCCGGGGAAUAAAUAUCGCGUUGUGGUUGUGGAUACGGACGUGCAGGGCGAUGCGGUGGAAGGGUUCGCGGCGAGGGUGGGGGAGUCGCUGGAGGGCGCGAAUUUGACUAUGCUCAUUGAUUAUAUUGGUGGUACUGAUGGCAUGGUCUUGCCGCAGUUAAAGGCUGUGUUGAUGUCGCUUCUGAAGCGGAAUGCGCCUGCACUUGUUAUCAACGUCACUUCUUCAAUGGCUGGUGGCGACAAUGGGACACAGUCGUGUUAUUCGCACAGGGGGUCUGAGUACCUCUCUCCAGACAGGGUUAACGUUGUCUCAUGUCAUAUAGACGACGUAGCCGUCGGCUAUAAGGAGAAAUCGGUAUUCCACCGUUCUACACCGCGGGCACUAGCCGAGACAGUGUUACUACAUGCGGCUUCUAGCGGUAGGGACGCUAUUGUAUACCCCCAUUGGCCACAAGCUAUCUUGCAUAUGACGCGGAAGACGUUGCUGGGGAUGGCUAUGGAUCAAUUCUUGUCUGUUACUCGAGGAGAUGUAGUAAAGAGAUAG